GGCUUCCUCUCCCCUCUAAAACUACUCUGGGCUCCUCCAGUUCUCAUGUCUUCAAGUGUUUUUGCUUCUGUCACCCUCCCAUUUGCUGACAUACCAUUUCACGAUGGAAUGAUUAACUUCCAUAUAGAUGUUCAUUCAGAUCAGGACCCUUGUUUAUGUUGUAUCAUACAAUAAUACACGCUGCCCUAUGCUUAUGAAGUUUACCGACUUUUAAACUGCCUUCCUUGAUAAUGAAUUGUUGUUGUUUUCUCUCUCUGCAGUAAAACUCUGUUUAGAAAUAGUCGGCAAACUAAAGCAAUGCUCUUCAUGGAUGUACUGAAGGGAGCUUGACGAAGGCAUUGCUUGAGCUGCUUGUUGGCUGAUGCUCUUCUCAUUAUUUUGGAGUAGUCGUGCUCCUUUCAUUUUUUGUUUCCUUCUUUUUGGUGUUGUUUUUGUUUCUUUUUGUCAUUGUGUCCUAACAUGUGCUCGGCUUCUCUGUUCUCCUUAGCCAUUCACUGUCUGACUGCAGAAGUCUUUUUACAGCCAUUUAAAUCCUGCUCUUUGAAAUUCCCUGCCAAAGACAACCAGGUCAUUGUGAUGUCCGGCCAUGAGACCAUCCGUGUGCUAGAGGUGGAAGUCGAUGCGCCUCAGCCGUCAUCACUACCUGAUGGGAGGAGUGAAGGCAAAGCUGAAGAGGGAGUGGCUCAUCCUGCAGAGAAACCUGAGGUUUGCAGCUCACAGGAAAGCUCUGCUGCGCUCCAGAGCUCUGAGGCAGCAGUGCUGGAAGAGCAGCAGGUGGUGUCUGUAGAGGCUGCAGCUCACGCUGGUCAAACGCUGACUCCUGCUGUCACCGUCAGUGUGUCCCUGCCACAGGCCACCAUGCCCAUCGCUGUUCAAGGCUGCCACCAGGUGCUGACUCAGGAAAGUCUGGCCUCUCUGAUGACAGGUAUGAUGGCUCAGACGGGGUCCCUGGGGCAGCCCCUGCUCAUCCCCCUCAGUAUGGCGGGCUCCAUCGGUGGACAGGGUGGUCUGGCUGUUCUCACCUUGCCAACCACUAAUGUUGCCACUCUGCCAGGACUGACUGCAGCUAGCCCUGCUGGAAACCUCCUUAAACUGCCUUUUGCGGGCCUCCAAGCUGCUACAGUCCUGAACUCAGUCCAGCCCCAGCUCCACACGAACGCACAGACCAUGUUCCAGCACCAAGCAGCGUCCAUCCAGCCUGUGCAGGCGGCUGUGCAGCAGGUGACGUCUCAGCCAACACAAGUGACCAACGCACAGGUCACUGCUGCUCUGCCCACAUCAGCCUCCACCACUGUGUCUCAGUCCAACAUAUCCGUGGCAGCACUCCAGACUGCGGGCCUCUCCAUCAAUCCUGCCAUUAUCAACGCUGCGUCCCUGGGAGCUCAGCCGCAGUUCCUCAGCUCUCUCACCUCCACUCCCAUCCUCACCAGCGCCAUGUCCAACAUGGCCGGCCUCACCAGCCACAUCAUCACUAAUGCACAGGGUCAGGUCAUAGGAACCCUUCCUCUGCUAGUGAACCCAGCAUCCCUGGCUGGAGGCACCGCAACAUCCACCCUGCCCCUCCAGGGCAUCCAGGGGCUUCAGGGGCUUCAGGGCCUUCAGGGGCUUCAGGGACUCCAAGGAAUCCAGGGUCUCCAGGGUCUCCAGGGUCUCCAAGGUCUCCAGGGUCUCCAGGGUCUCCAAGGUCUCCAAGGCCUCCAAGGUCUUCAAGGCCUCCAAGGCCUCCAGCUCCAGACGGUCACCCCUCAGCUGCUUCUGAACACCCAAGGCCAGAUCAUCGCCACGUUGGGGAAUGGAUCUGCUGCGGUCACAACUUCUGCUGCAGUCAUGCCCAAAGCUGCAGCUGCUCCAACGCUCACGAAGCCGAGCACACAGACUUCUUCAACGACCGUCACUCAGUCACCAGUUGUAAUCGCCCCGCAGCCGUCUGUGCUGAAGACAGCCACCACACUCUCCUCCACUGUACCCAUCACCUGUGGAGAUCUAGCAAAAGUGGGCCAGCUUGUCAGCAAACCCCAGCAGGUAGCGAGCGGCGAGGAGGGCAUUAAUCUGGAGGAAAUUCGGGAGUUUGCCAAGAAUUUCAAGAUCCGUCGGCUGUCCUUGGGGCUUACUCAGACACAAGUAGGGCAGGCUCUGACUGCAACGGAAGGUCCGGCGUACAGCCAGUCUGCCAUUUGCAGGUUUGAGAAGCUGGAUAUCACCCCAAAGAGUGCUCAGAAGCUGAAGCCAGUGUUAGAGAAGUGGCUGGCUGAAGCUGAGCACUGGAACCAGAAAGGCCAGCAGAAUCUGAUGGAGUUUGUCGGCGGUGAACCAUCCAAAAAACGCAAGCGGCGCACGAGUUUCACGCCGCAGGCGAUAGAAGUUCUAAACUCGUACUUUGAGAAGAACGCGUUGCCAACAGGCCAAGAGAUUACAGAAAUAGCCAGAGAGCUGAACUACGACAGGGAGGUUGUACGAGUUUGGUUCUGUAACCGACGACAGACGCUAAAAAACACGAGCAAGAUCAACGUCUUCCAGGUUCAGUAGUGACCUCGUUCUGGGAGGUUUCACCACUGGUCUGUUGUCGUUUUUGGGAAGAUGAACAUUUGAUAAAACCACAGAGAUUCAGAUUGUGUUGUAAAUAAAAGACUAACCACAAGAAUAUUAACUUUUUAAGAAAAUGAAGGAAAAUAAGCAUAAUUUAUGUGUAAUGAAAGAGAACUAAAGGAAGUUGUUUUUUCAAGAUGUAAAGAAAAUGUAUGUGUGGUGGGUGCUGAGUGAAACUGCAUGACCCUCUUCUCAGAUACAGUGAAAACACGUUAUAUUUAAGAACAGUGGAUUUUUAUACAAGUGGUUUUGUAAGACACUACUCUAAAUGGAGUGGCAGGUCAUUGAGUCACAUUGAUUUCAAUCACAUAUCUGACACUUUGGAACAAUGGCUGACAUUAUAAUUUUUGAAUAAUAUGCUUUUGCCAACAUGGAUGUUUUCAGCAGCUUAUUUAUUUUGUAUUCAUGUAGUAUUUGUACUGCUUGAGCAGCUUUGCAUACAUAUACACAUAAUAAUCUAUGGAAUACAAUUAAACAAUAGCCUGUAACCUUUUUUUAACAGAAUCAUUUGCCUGAGGAACAUCAGCAUUAUUUAAAUAUCUAUUGACUGACGGCAACACUUUGGGGACAAUCAUCAUUUUGAUAUUUCUGAAUGAUAAUCACAAAGAUGAGCUUAAAAUGGGAUGUAACGAAAUGUGUUACAGUGUUGGGUAUCCAUCUGGGAGGUAUGUGUUGUUCCAUGGUUAACAGGUUCUUUCAAAGUACAGAUGAAGCUUCUGCUUUUGUUCAUGAUGCCACAGCUGUAGACUUUUACUAGUGUUUUUAUAUCAGUGGUUUCAUUUGUGAGUACUGAUCUUGCAAAUACACGUACUGUAUGUGUGGAUGAAACAUAUAAUGUGCUAAUAAUACUCUGAGAGUAUUUUUUUAACCGUUGUAACUUUUCCCUAAAUUGCUUCAAAAUGCUUCUUCUGGAUUUUUCAUUGUAACUUUGAUUAAGUCAACAUGAAACUGUCCCCGGUUGCCUUCAAGCAUCAACCCUGGACUCUUUCUGUAUGUUUCUGAGCCUCAUAUCAGUCAUAUCGUUUUACUGAAUUUAACAAACUAACUGUGCAGCUAUUGAAGGGGUUCUGUGGUUUAUGGUUUGUAAUGAUGUGAUAUGAUUUUAUGUUGGACUUUUGAUCUGAGUGAGUGAUCAGAGUGCUUGCAUGUGCAGUUUGAAGUUCAUUUCUGUAAUACUAAUACAACAACAGUUUUCUCUAUCUUUGCCAAUAGUGCAAGUCGUCUUUGCACGCCAGUAACAGAAGGGAAAUGAAAAGGAAGCGAAAGGUUUAUGCUCAGUGGAUGGUUUCAUUUUUGUAUGAGGGAUUUGAAUUUCUGUGUUUUAAAGAUCUUAAACAGAAAGCAGCUUUGUUAAAAAAUGGAAGCAGUACUGACACAUUGCAAUCAUCAAAUUAAAAAGCUGCACCCAUCAGUUAUCAUAAUGUAGUUUAUAUGCAGAUGCAAUGCAGAUCAAAGAUAAAUUCAGACACUGAUCACAUUCUUUGAGUUGAUCAUUUAUAGGGCAUGCCUUUCAGACGACACCAGCCCUUUAUUGCAGUGGACAUGCAGUAAACCUUACCUUUAAAAUCACUAAUAUUGCAAACUAUCAUUUCAACAUGUGGAAUGACAAUUUAUCAUAUUAUUUAAUGAAAUAAUUUAUCACUACACAAAUAAGUAGCUAAAUUAUAAUAGUAAGAUAAGAUAUCUUAUGCCAGCAAAGCACAGAAGUUGUGGUCUUUGACGGAGAAGGGAGAAACAAAAGUUGGAUGCUUUUUGUCUUUUUAUGUCAGAUAAAUAAAAUAAACCAUCUUUAUUAAUCACUCUA